CUGCCAUUUCAGGCUAAUUUCUAAAGCGUUCUUCGUGUCGAAACAAUAUUUGGAAUUUAUCUACAGAUUAUCAGAUCAGAAUUUGUUGCCGAUGCUAAUUCGCAUAACGAGAGAGAAAACGAAGGCUUUCUACACCAUUCAAAUUGCAAGAGUACGGUCUUCACGGACUAUUCGAACGUAUCGUAAAAUGUCGCCGUCUACGUGUGUGUGUGAGCAAGCACUGAUAUACAGCGGUAGCAUUCAUAAGAAAGAAAUGAUUCCCAAGUGCCAUCUGAAAAGCAUCCAGGAGCCAACCAAAGCCUACCAAUCCAUCACCAAAAGAAACAACCAGAAGAUCUCAUCUCCUACAACCAACACAAACAAACAAUUACAGAAACUAUAUUCCCUGGAACAACGCUAUCCACCAUUGGAGACCAUUACAUUCUUCCACCCCCUUCCUGCGUCAUCAUUAUGGGUCGCCGGAAAUUCAGAAACAUUCCUACCUCAAAAGACCAUAUUAUUCUCAAUCUCAAGACAGAAGACAACGACCAGAAGAUCGAAGAAAGUCCACUUUGGCCGCGAGUAACUCUCCAACUGGUCCGAGGGCUACGAGCAAGGAAGGGUUCAACCGUGGAAGUGCGCCUGUCCGGGGGCGGCGUCGGUUUCGAGGGGCGCAGCGGCGCCGGGACGCGGUAGUCGCGACGCGGACGCGACCCAGUGCUCGUGUUCACCGGUUGCGGACGGCGCGGAGGAACAGUGCCGGGAAGAUGAGCCUGGAGCGCCGGGAAACGAAUUAUGAUACACGUGUCGUCGGAGAACACUCAACGAUACGAUCGUGUAAAGCGCAAGGGCGCAGCGUUUCUCUCGAACUUCUUUAAGUCGAAAAAGCUGACGUUAGGUAUGAAGAUCAACGAGGACGAAGAGAUGGAACGUGCUCCGAAAGUCGAGACACCUGCGAUCAUCACGAACGCCUGCAGGCGCAGCGGUAGCGAAAACGACAACCAGGUAUCGAGGAUUCCGUCGACCUUGAGCGUGGCAGCCGUCGAUGUCGUCGUCGCCUGUCAGCCAUCACCGUCGCAUUCCAUUUUAACCUUGACACCUGGUAGAACACGAAACAUCGAUCAGGAUAUGGAGGCGCUUAGGCUAAGUCGACAGGAUAAUCCUUUCCUACAGGUGCUGGCUAGCCGGGAGAGCCUGGUCGAGUCCUUGGAAGAAUCCGAAUCAGAUGACGCGAUCCUGAUGUCUCAGGAACUGGGCGACACCGACCCCCUAACUUUAGCCCAAGUGCACGAGCACCUGGUGCGAAGUCCGCCGCCCGCAUCAUGGCCCCACACCACGACCUUCCAUUUUCCCCAUCAGAAUCAGACCACGUCCGGGAAAAACGACGUGUUGGCGCACUAUAAAAGCCCCUCGAAGGCGACAUCGUGCCGUAGCAACGAUCACGAGCUGUCCAGAAGCGAGCCAUCCACGGAUAUCAGAGAUCGCCACUCGCACACAUUCUCAUUGUUGCACCCAACGCCAAUUCGUUCAUUGUCAGACGUUCGGCGACUUCAUAGAUCAGCGGACGACAGCGUGCAACUGAUGUCGAGUGAAUAAGGCGUGAAUGUGUUCCGGUCCGUGACCGGUCGAGAUGGUUUCUCGCGUUCAGAAUGCGAGGCGUGCUUUGUCGGUGCUAAAACGUCUGCGAGAGUUCCCGGAUAGUUUCAGAGGAGUGUGUCCACGGUACAAGGACACGCGAUAGCUUCUCGACAAGUUCAUGUAUGAUCGACGUUCGCCGAAACGAUCUCUCGAGUUGCAAACCUCGAGAGCGAAAGAUUCUUCGACUGCUCGAAGAACCGUAUCGAAGUUGACGCACAUGUUGGUUUGAUAACGAAGGGAGUUAGUGCGGAAAUAAUUUUGAACGUUGUGUAUUUUGAAAGUUGUGAGUUGUGUUGACGGAGUAUACACGAAGUAAGAAAGAUUUGUAGGUUAUCUCGUCGUUUCGAUGCACGGGAACGGGUGGAAUGUGUCGGAAGAAAUGAAAAUAUUCCUAUUGCAAAUUGAAACACCAAGGUGAGAGCUGGAAAGUUAUAAAAAAUCAUGAAGAAGCAUAUUAAAUAGUUCUGUUCCUUUUGAUAUCUUGAAUGCGAACCAAUGUUCAAAGUGAAGUAAGAAUAUGCGUAUGGUAAACGCACAUGAGUGUUUAAUAAGUAGUCAAUGCAUCACACCAUUAAACACUCUGCACGCAAUGUGCUUAUGUUUAACAAUUAAAAAGGUGAGCUUCAUAACCUACGUCAAAGAAAGCAUCUGUUUUCGUUGACAUUUCACAUGAAAGUCUAAAAGAUACAGUACCUAUUUCUCAAGGCACAAAUGUUAAACCAAAAAAUUUGUUCGAAUCAUUAAAUCCUUUAUAAAAAUAUAUAUUAUUUUAUAUGUAAGGGUGCCGCUUUUCUUGUAAAUUUCCUCACAUAUUUCAAAACGUUAGAAAAGUAAGAAAACUUACUGUGAAGUGAAAUUUCAUUACACUCGCUCACCGGUAUUAGUAAGUUAAGCUGUUAAUUAUUAAACUAAUAUGACAUUUAAAGAUUAGGAAGAUUAUAUGCUGCCAAAAUAUAU